GGUCACACUACGCGCCACAAUAUUAUCACGUUAUAAACUUUCCGCUACAGUUCACUUCCAUUCCAAAAACAUAUUCGACUGGAGCAAUAACAGAGUCCCAAGAGAUGGCUGCCGAUCCGGAUUUUGACGCCAAGAAUGGAAUUGUGGACGGACCAACCCCGCCGCACUCCGAACUGGCGGCCCUCUAUAAGCAGAGCUUUGCCUACUACACUUUUCGUGUGCGCCUGCCCUCGACCUUGGCCACCAUCGCGGAUUCCCUGGUCAAGGACAAGGACGACCUGCUGGCCACAUACGGUGAAGCAGCAGCCGAUAUAGAACAAGCUACAAAGGAUGUCAGGCAGCUGAGGGAGGACGUCCUGGGGAACGGUCCUCUGUUGCCCUUUGAUGGGCAGGAUCCCGACACUCAGCUGUGGAAUGCAUUCCUGGAGAAACUGCCCGAGGACAAGAGGAGCUACUUCUCCGCCUGCUGGCUCUACGCCGAGUGCUACAUGUACCGCAAGAUCUCGUCCAUUUUCCGGGCCACGUGCCAUUUGGCGGCCCACGACUACUUCAGCCAGCAGAAGCAGACGGCUGCCAAGCUGAGCGUGGACGCCAUGCUGGCGGUGGCCACGGCGACCCGGAACAAUGAGCGAAACUCGGACACCUUCCGGCAGCUGAUCAAGCUGAACCUGUGGGGCAACCGCUGCGAUCUGUCCAUCACCUCCGGCAAACAGGUCAAGCCCACUGGCAAUGCCUUCGAACAGGUCACGGAUCUGGAGGAGAAGCUGCUGAUUGACGGCACCGCCGAGGUGUGGAAGGCCCUUGACGGAGCCUCCGGCGAUGGCAUUGUGGACAUCAUCUUCGACAACGCCGGCUACGAGCUGUACACGGAUCUCAUCCUGGCCGAGUACAUUAUCGACAAGGGUCUGGCGGCCAAGGUGCGCCUGAAUCCCAAGGCCAUUCCCUGGUUCAUUUCGGACGUGAUGGAGCACGACUACCACUGGACGCUGAAGUUCCUGGCCGAACAUCCGGAUCCGGUGCUGAGUGAGCUGGGCAAAAAGUGGCAGCGUUUCACGACGGAGGGAAAGUUCGAGCUGGCGCCGCUGGAGCACUUUUGGACGAGUCCCUACGAGUUCUAUCGCAUGCCGGAGGUAAAUCCGGCGCUCUACAAUCGCCUGAAGGAGGCGCAACUGGUGAUCUUUAAGGGUGACCUCAACUACCGCAAGUUGCUAGGGGACUUCUCCUGGGACAGCACGGAGUCCUUCGAAACCUGCUUGAGGGGCUUUCGUCCUUCUAAUCUCUGCACUCUGCGCACAGUUAAAGCGGAUCUGAUCUGCGGGCUGUGCGAAGGUGUGGCGGAGCAACUGUUCGCCAAGGACAAGGAGUGGAUGCUGACCGGGGAAUACGGCGUCAUUCAGUUUGCCAGCAAGUAGAGGAAGAAUUAUGGACCAGGACACGCAAAUAGUUGAAUUGUUUUAGUCUUUAUUACUACAUAGCUUGAUUGUUGAUACAUAAAGUGGGUUAUCCAAGAGGCGAAAAGUAAUAGGAUGUUUUAAAGAGUAAUUACAAAUUUAUAGUGAUGUAUUAUAUUUUGAAUAUUAAAUUAUAGGAAGCUAUAACAAAAUUAUUCUAAGUCAAGAAAAGUACUUCGUUUUUGUACAUACCAAUUUUAAAACCAUACUAUCUCUUUCCGUCUCUAUGGAUUCCCGCUCUAUAAAGCCUUUUGCAUUGUUAUAAAAGCACAGACACUUACACUUAUGAACGUCAGUUGCCCAGCGGCCGACUAAAAAUUAUAAAAAUCUCAAUUCGGAA